GUUACCCGAUCGAUACUCGAAAGGAACAGUCGUCUGCAAAAGCCCAUGCAAUAAUAUAUAAAUGACGUGUAACUUACGAUUUCUUCCGAGUUGUGAAAGUAAAUAAAUAACACAAUACUACCCAAAACGCAUAAUGGAUUAUUUCUUUGGAUUUAAGUCGGUCAUAAGUCAGCCGGAAGCUGAGCCGUCCCCAGCCGAUACGGUGCUGCGACUGGUCGAAAGGGUUACUUCUUCAACUCUGCUGGAAGAUAGACGGGAUGCCUGCAGAGCCAUCAAGGCUCUUUCAAAAAAGUACCGUUUGGAAGUUGGUGCUCAUGGUUUGGAUGCCUUGAUUGCAGUGCUUAUUAGUGAUCCAGAUUUAGAAACAUCCAGUUUUGUCCUGGAAACACUAUGCAAUGUCACUUCUUCAGAAGUUUUUGAUGAAGAGGGUGUGGGUGCUCCCGUUGGAGAACAGUUCACUGAAAUAUUUCUAAAAAAAUCAGAGAAUGUCAUCAGUGUCAUCACAUUACUGGAUGAAUAUGAUUUUCACGUCAGACUUCCAGCAAUUCGUCUUCUUAUGAACCUCUUGAACAACAAAUCGAAAGAAAUGCAAGAAAUUAUUCUAGCCUGUCCAAUGGGGGUAGCUAAAUUGAUCGAUAUCCUCAGUGAUAGCCGGGAUUUUGUUCGCAACGAAGCCUUGCUUCUUCUCAUCCAGCUGACCAAAAGCAAUGCCAAUAUCCAAAACAUUAUCGCUUAUGAACGUGGUUUCGACCAGCUCUUCAAAGUUGUUGCUAGCGAAGGAUACAGUGAUGGUGGUAUCGUUGUAGACGAUUCCCUCCAGCUCAUGCUUAAUCUUCUUAAACGUAAUGCAUCCAACCAAACAGUCUUUCGAGAAGAAUCUUGCAUGAAAGAAAUAACUCCGUUCUUCCGGUCAUGUCAGCCUUCAGAGAGUGACCCAGGGCACAGUUGGUCUACCCAAAAGAUCAGCAACGUACAUUCCAUGCUUCAGGUGGUGAGAACCUUGGUCUCACCCGCCAACGCAACUCAGGUGGUGUCUCCAGCUCAGAAAAAUGUGUAUGGCUGCGGUCUGCUUUCGGAAUUGUGUGCCCUACUGAUGUCGCCUGGUGUUCCUGCUGAUAUUCUCAGCGAAAUAAUUUGCACGGUCGGUGAGUCGAUUCGUGGCUGUCGUAGGAACCAAGAAUUCUUCGGCCAGGUAAUGGCUUCUUCAUCACCACCACGGACAGCCUUGAUUGUCCUGCUCAUGUCGAUGGUCAACGAAAAGCAACCGGUGCCUCUAAGAGCUGCCGUUCUGUACUGUUUCGAAUGUUUCCUCUACAAAAAUGAUGUUAGUCAGGGACAAAUUAUCCAGGCUCUUCUCCCUACAUCGACAGAAGCGAUGCAGAAUAUUUCAGCUGGCCAGUUAUUGUGUGGUGGACUCUUUUCGACCGAUUGCCUUUCCCACUGGCUGUCUUCCGUAGCAUUGUCUCACGCUCUUGUUGGCAAUGUCAACAACAAAGAGUUAUUACUAAGGGUACACUUGGCAAUUGCAAAAGAUGUCGCACCCGUUUCUCUGCUACAACAAGCUUUUAAUAUACUCCAGAUGGGUGGUAAGCUACAAACUCGACUGGGUAUCCUCACCCUUCUUUCAACUUGGCUGGCCGAUAGCCCCAACUCUGUGGCUCAAUUUCUAAAACUGCCAAAUGCAGUAGCAUUCUUGACCGCUCUAGUGGCUUCCAAUGAGCACGACGACCAAGAGGUGCUCGUGCAGAGCUUGUGCGCGUUCCUCCUAGGACUUUGUGUGGUGUACAAUAACGAUUCGAAUAGCAACUUUUCCAAGGAAUCCCUGUGUCAAUUGAUAACCAAACGAAUCGGAGUCGAAACGUUUGUAGAUAAACUAGCCGAGAUUGCCAAGCACGAGGUUUACAGCAAAGCCCUUAAACACCCACAAAUUCGAAUCAAUACCGCAGCCGACAUCCAGUUCGAUCACGAAUUUUGUCGCCUGUACAAAGCACUCGAGAGUGUUAUAGCCAAAGCAGUAGCCCCACCUACCAGUCCCAAAGGGGCGGAAUCCCCCUCCGAAUCUGAAUUGAAGGCUGUGUCCAAAUACAAGGACGUGAUCCGAGAACAAGAUGGACAGAUCCAGCACCUGCGGCAGCGAUUAGCCGCCUUGGAGGGAGAUCACAUAGCUGCCCAGAGCAAGAUUGAAGAAUUGAAUGUCAAUUUGCACCAUUUGCAAGACCAAAAUACUUUGCUUAAAGCCCAGAGAAACAACAACGUCAUCAUUGAUGAAUCAGAGCCUUCGUCUCAAUCCGAGUCGUCGACUGAGAAGCUGAUGAAGCAAUUGGAAGCCUUGCGCUUAGAUAACGAGAGGCUUCAAGGGCAGCUGGAACAGCAACAAUCGGCCAAAGAUUUAGGAAUGCCAGUCAACGGAGGAGUUGGCCUGGCUGUCGAAUUUGCUUCCACCCAAUCUGCUUCCAUUAUGGAUAGCUUUACUACGCAUGAAGAUGUCCAGGUUUGCUCAUUCUUCCGGCCGGAAUCAUCAGCCAAUACAAUGGACUUGGAACUCAAAACUGUUCGUAGUCGACUGGACGCGAUGGAAGCCGAAUUGGCUGAAACGAAACGUUGUUUAUCAGUCUCUAUUGCAGAAAAUGCUGAACUGAAGGAAGAAAUUGAUCGGUUGAAAAAAGAUCAAGAGGAUUUACUCGUUCUUUUAGCCGACCAGGAUGGAAAGGUGCAGAAAUACAAGGAUAGAUUGAAAACCCUUGGACAAACGGUCAGUGAAGAUGAAGACGAAGAGCUGGACGACUUGGGUGAAGACGACGAAGAGUUUUCAUCUUAAAAAAAAACAACAAAUUAAAAUGAGAAAAUUCUAUUUUUAAAGAAAUGAUUAUAUUUCGUCAGUGGGGAGAAAGAAAAAGUUUUUUUUAACGGACUGGAAACACCCACACAUUUCCAUUGAAAAAAAAAAAGAAGAAGAAUAGUGUGUGUUUUUCAUGUGCAGAUUACGGUGGAAGAUUGAGACUCGUGUUUGUGUACGUUUACAGCUUGUCUUGUCUCGAAACGCAUACAAAAAAAAGUUGUUCCAAAA